UCCGUCGAUUGUUGAAGCUCACUUAAGCUUUUCGAGUCCGAUAUACACAUGUAUUUGUAACUUGUAGGAAUGAGGCUCGGUAUACACAGCUACCUGCGCACGGAAUAACAUAUCUCUCAUGCAAUAAUCAUGUUUACUUAUGUUGUCGAAUUAUUCUCCAGUAGCAGUGGUAUUGUAUGGACUCUUCUGGUUCUAGUUGUUUCAUAUUAUCUGUGGAAUAGACAUCAGAAACUGAAAACAUUGCCCCCGGGGCCUUCACCAAUUCCAUUAUUGGGAAACAUACUUGACCUAGGAGGACCGAACCAGCUACAAGUGUUUCGUAAACUGCGGGAAAAGUAUGGAGAUCUUGUCACUCUGCACGUGGGGUCCUUCACCAUCGUGGUGGUCAGUGGCUACGACACACUACGAGAACUGUUCGUCAAACGCGGAGACGUCACGUCUGACCGACCGGACAUAUUUACAAUCAGAGAAAUAACACGUCGCCAUGGAAUAGCGAGCAGAUCAGGAGCAGAAUGGAAGACGCACAGGACGUUCGCUCUCGGAGGGCUGAGGGAUUUUGGCUUUGGAAAGAAAAGUUUAGAAGGGAAAAUAAUUGAGGAGGUGGAAAUAUUCCUUAAGAAUCUUGACGAGAAGAAAGGACAACCAAUAUGUCUCGAUUCAUAUAUCCAUAUUAGUAUUGGAAACAUAAUAUGUGCCAUUGUAUUCGGUAAAAGGUUUGAACACGGUGAUCCUGUAUUUAUACAACUGUUAGCUUUGGUGAACGAGAAUUUGUCUCUCGCUGGAAUCGCUGGACUCUUAAAUCUCCUCCCAGGUCUCCGGUAUAUCCCAGGCGACCCACUUUCUGGUGGAAAAGUACUCUCUAAUGCAGCAACGAUAUUUAAAUAUAUCGGCGAUCUAAUCACUGGUCAUCGCGAGGAGUACAAUGAAGAUAACAUCAAAGAUCUGGUUGACAUUUACAUUAAAGAAAUGAAGAAACAGGAAGGACAAGACACGUCUUUCACAGAUUUCCAGUUGGUUAAUACGGUAGCAGACUUGUUCGUCGCUGGAAUGGAGACGACCACUACCACUCUUCUCUGGGCUGUUUUGUUUUUUAUAAACAACCCGGAUGUACAGAAACGCUGUCACGAAGAAGUGAUGGAGGUGGUAGGGGAGGGUCGCUUUCCGUCCCUGUCAGACCGUUCCCAAAUGCCGUACAUUGAGGCUACAAUCACAGAGAUUCUAAGACGGGGGGAUAUUGCUCCACUAGGAAUUCCACACGCUACAAGUGAAGAAUUGGAGUUUAAUGGCUAUGUACUACCAAAAGGAACUAUGUUGGUUACAAACAUCAACUCUGUCCACUCCGAUCCUCUACUUUUCCCAGACCCGGGUAGAUUCGACCCAUCAAGAUUCAUCGACAAUGAUGGUAAAGUUCAUGGAACGGAGCGUGUAAUUCCCUUCUUUUUCGGUCGCCGUGUGUGUAUGGGUGAGGCCCUCGCCAGGUCAGAGCUGUUCCUCUUCCUCACCUCCAUGGUCCAACGGUUCCAGUUCAAACCAGAGGAUCCGGACAACAUUCCCCCUGUUAAAGGCAAUCUCGGCAUAACAUUCAAACCGUGUGAAUAUAAAUGUAUUGCUGAGAAGAGACUUUAAAAUUAAGAAACAUUAACAAUGUUUUCGUUUUCUUGGUUCAGUGAACAGGAAUCAAAACCCAGACGUUAACUAUGAAACACCUAGUACCAAGGAAUCACAGACAUGACACGUUAGUGCAGCAUAUAUAUUAAUGUCGGAACAAUUCAUUUUAUUGAAAGUUACAUUACCUCACUACAACACCUGGUAAUCCGGAGUAACACGCUGUGACGUAAAGGACUUUCCAACCUUUAUAACACACACCCAUAACCCGAUACCGAAACAUUACUACGAAAUGUGUAUGAAAUGAGCUAAGACAUACAAUGCAAUGAUAACACAUAUUUCAGAAAUAAAGCUUCCGAUACCAA